GUGCCCGGCGAAGGGGCUCGGCAUUGGUGCGCACGCCGGAGCGAUGGAUCCCUGUGCCAACAACUCCCUCCACUCCCUCAAGCAGCCCGCACAAGGGGUGGCAGGAGAUUCAACGCCUGCGGGGCCGCUCCGCCGACCACAUCGACGUCCAAGGCUGCACUGCUCUGGUGCGGACGCUAAAGAGAGCCCUUCGCCCGGGCUACAUGACCCAGGGUCGAGCUCCCGCCUCCUUUUGGCGCAAGGCCGUGAAACGCGGCGGCAACCUCGCGGGCCUUAUGAGACCAGAGGAGAUUGCCGAGGUGCGGGCAUAG